UUCAGGACACAGGUCCCACUACAUAAAGCAAGUGAAGCUGCAGCUGACCAUUUCCAGUUUAUUGGAGACAAUAGCAUAAUGGUUGUUGCUGCCCAGGCCGGGCUGUUGUUGUUGUUAGGUGCCGUCGAGUCGAUUCCAGUGUUGUAUGUAGGAACCUCAUGUGCACCAGAAGGAAACACCGCCUGGGCCUGCGCCGUUCUCACAAUCCUUGUUAAGCUUGAGCCCAUUGUUGCAGCCACUGUGUCGGUCUGUCUCGUUGAGGGUCUUCCUCUUUUUCACUGACCCUCUACCAAGGAUGAUGUCCUUCUCCAGGGACUAGUCCCUCCUGACAACAUGUCCAAAGUAUGUGGGACACAGUCUCUUCAUCCUCCCUUCUAAGGAGCAUCCUGGCUGUACUCCCUCCAAGACAGAUUUGUUCGUUCUUCUGGCAGUCCAUGGUAUAGUCAAUAUUCUUCGCCAGCACCAUAAUUCAAGGCAUAACUUCUUCAGUCUUCAUUAUUCCUUGUCCAGUUUUUACCACAUAUGAGACAAUUGAAAAUACUAUGGCUUGGGUCAGGAGCACCUUAGUCCUCAAUGUGACAGCUUUGUUUUUUUUUGUUUUUAACACUUUAAAGAUGUCUUUUGCAGCAGAUUUGUGUCAUUUGAUUUCUUGACCACUGCUUCCAUGGGCAUUCAUUGUGGAUCCAAGUAAGAUGAAAUCCUUGACAACUUCAAUAUUUUCUCCAUUUAUCAUGAUUGUUACUUACUGGUCCAGUUGUGAGGACUUUUGUUUUCUUUAUGUUGAGGUGUAAUCCAUACUGAAGGCUGUAGUCUUUGAUCUUCAUCAGUAAGUGCUUCAAGUCCUCUUCACUUUCAGCAAGCAGGGUUGUGUCAUCUGCAUGACAGGUUGUUAAUGAGUCUUUCUCAAAUCCUGAUGCCCCUGUUCUUCUUCAUAUAGUCCAGCUUCUCAGAUUAUUUGCUCAGCAUACAAACUGAAUAAGGAUGGUGAAAAGAUACAACCCUGAAGCACACCUUUCCUGACUUUAAACUGCACAGUAUCCCCUUGUUCUGUUCAAAUGACUGCCUGUUGGUCUAUGUACAGGUUCCUCAUGAGCACAAUUAAGUGUUCUGGAAUUCCCAUUCUUCACAAUGUUAUCCAUAAUUUGUUAUGAUCACGCAGUUGAGUGCCUUUGCAUAGUCAGUAAAACACAGGUAAACAGCUUUCUGGUGUUCUCUGCUUUCAGACAAAUCCAUCGGACAUCAGUAAUGGUAUCUCUUGGUCCGUGUCCUCUUAUGAACCUGGCUUGAAUUUCUGGCUGGGCUAAUUAGUGUUAAUUGCUUCUUACUUGGGCCUGAUUGGCCUCUGGCUGCCAGGUCACUCCUGAAGAACCUCUUCUUGUGAUGCGGAAAAGGGAGGGGUGAACUGCAAGAGAAUGCUAAAUGACUGAAGCAUUUCUUUUUGUCUUUGCUUAUUCCUGGAGCAAAGGAAAGAUUUGUUUCAAGGAGCUGGAUGGAAAUUCCCGUCUUAGAGUGUUGCUAUGGGGCCCAGAGUCUAAUUCUGAUUUGAUGCUCUGGGGCCUGGAGAUGGUAGAACCUGGAGAUGGUGAUCGAGUCACAGCUUGCAUCUCCCACAGCUCCUCCUGGGACCCUCACGUCUGCCCUUCCCUGGAGUAAGCCUCUCUCUCCUCCUGCCUGGAUUCCUGCUGCGAACCCCUGACAGAAGUGGCCUUGGGUCCUACCCCUCUGUGAUGGCCCUUCCCCAUAGUGGUGCUGCAGGGAUUUUUCUAGCCAGUUUGAUGAACUCUUCUGCUUAAAACUUUCCUAGGUUUCUCACUGCCAUUACCGUAUAAUGUGCCAUAGCUUUUUUUACAGGGUCCUCUGUGACCUGGCCUCUGCCUGCCUCCUCACCUGCGUUUUUGGCCAUUUCCUCACAUGGAUGGAUGACAGUAUGGGAAUCCCAUUGAACUGCCUAAUUCUUGGACACAGCUUUGCUUUCUCUUGCUUCUGUUGCCUUGCACUCGCUGCGUCUUCCCCCUGAAGUAACCUUUCUCCCCAUCCUUUCUUUUAGCCCAUCCACUUUUCUUUUUAACUGCUUUAUUUUUGAGAUAUAAUUCACAAACCAUUUAAAGUGCGCGGUUUAGGAGAUUUUAUUAUAGUCGCAGUUGUGCGACCAUUAUGAAAAUUGUAGAACAUUUUUAUCAACCCAUAACGAAACGCUACACUCACUGGCAGUCAUCCCAUUUCCCCCUAACCUCUCCAACCCUGGGCAACCACUAAUCUACUUUCUGUUUUGUAGAUUUCCUUAUCCUGGACGUCUCAUCUAAAUGGCAUGGGACGAUGUGUGGCCUUCUGUGUCUGGCUUGUUUCACUUAGCAUGUUUUCAGGAUUCAUUCAUGUCAUAGCAUCUGUCAGUAGUCCAUUCCUCUUUAUGGCCGUAUCUCACAUUCCACCGUACGGCUGGACCACGUUUUGUGCAUCCGUUCAUCAGUUGAUGGAUAUUUGGCUACUUUGUACUUUUUGGCUCUUACGAAUAAUGGCUUUAUGAGUGUUCAUGUACAUUUUUUAUGUGGGUGUAUGUUUUCAGUCUUCUUGGGUGCGUUUAUACAUAGGAGUGAAAUUGUUGGGCAACCUGGUAACUCUAUUUAACAAUUUGAGGAACUGAGAAAUUGUUUUCCAGGGUGGCUGUACCAUUGUACAAUCUUACCAGCUAUGUAUGCAAGUUCCAUUUUCUUUUCAUCCUUGCCAGCAAUUCUUACUGCCUGUCUUUGAUUACAGCCACCCUAGGGGGUGUGAAAUGGCAUCCCACUGUGGUUUUGGUUUGCGUUUCCUUGAUGGCUAAGGAUUUUGACCAUCUUGUGCUUUUCGGCUAUUUGUAUAUUAUUGGAGAAAUGUCUGUUCAAAUCCUCUGCCCAUCUUUAAAUUGGGUUGUUUGUCUUUUAUUGUUGUCCCUUUUCUUUUCAGCCAGGUGAGCUUGUAUUUGUUUCUUGGCCUUGGGUGUAAUUUCCUGGCAAGGGUCUUCUGAUACCACUCCCCUCUGCUCUUAUUGUAGACUUCUCAGCAUCACUCCACUGUAUUGGACUUGUCUGUUGCCACCACUAUGUUGUUGAGUCCUCAAGGUCAAGGGUAGGGUCCCUGAUCUUUAUAGAUUCAGCCCUUAGCACAUGACCAGCUAUUUGUACUCAAUAAAAUAAUGAAGGAACGGAGUUCAGCCGUUUAGAUUAUGGUGCCAACGAAUAUACAAUUCUGGGUUUGUUACCCAUGGUAGUUAUUUGGCUUCACCUGGGGAAAAAAUGGCAAUAAAGAGCUUGUAGACUGGCCUGAUAGAGACUGGAGAAACCCUGAGAGCAUAGCCCCAGACACCCUUUCAGCUCAGUGAUGAGUUCACUCCUGAGGUUCAUCUUUCAGCCAAAAAUUGAACAGGCCCAAGGACCAAAACAAGACUAAAGGGGCACAGCAGCCCUGGGGCAGGGACUAGAAAGUAGGAGGGAACAGGAAGGCUGGUAAUAGGGAACCCAGGGUUGAGAAGGGAAUGUAGACAUGUUGUGAGGUUGUUAACCAAUGUCCUACAACAAUGUGUGUACUGUUUGAUAAGAAACUAGUUUAUUCUAUAAACCUUCAUCUAAAGGUGAGUAAGGAAGCCCUGGUGGCAUAGUGGUUAAGUGCUACGGCUGCUAACCAAAGGGUCGGCAGUUCGAAUCUACCAGAUGCUCCUUGGAAACUCUAUGGGGCAGUUCUACUCUGUCCUAUAGGGUCGCUAUCAGUCGGAAUCGACUCGACGGCAAUAGGUUUGGUUUCUUUUUAAAGGUCAGUAAAAAUGAAGAGUUUGCAGAGUGACACUCUUACAGAGUCUCUGUUCUACCCUGCCUGCCAUUUAAUGAACAUGGGGAGUGUGUGUGGCUCAGAUCAGAACACCCCGCUGCAGGGCAAAUAACUCGGAUUCCUUCAAGUAGGGCUGUCACCUUGUAUUAAAGGGCAGCAAACCAUUAUUAUUGCCUGCUGGAGAGAAAAACAGGGACUGAGGAAACCAGUUUUCCAUGGGACUGACUUGAUGAGUAGGUUACUCCUUGCGUGGGAGCGUUUUAAGUUAUGGCGGCUUUCCCCUCAGAGUUCAGUGGGAGGCAGUUGGGUGAAAUGGUGAAGCACAUGGGUGUUUAAUGCUGGUCAGAAUGCUGGCUGUAGGGAACUUUGGACUCAUGGCUUAACUUAAGCAGACCUCUGUUUCUACAUCUCUAAAACAGGGAUAAAAACGCCCACAUCAGAGGGUCCUUGUGAAAGCAUCUUGUUUAAACGCUCAGCAGAGGGUGUACAAGCUUAGUAAGUGGUGGUGGUUGCCAUUAUUAUUUCUUGUUUCUCAUCACUUUGACGGUGACUUUGUUUUUCUCUUGGCCACUCUUACCUUAACUCAGUUUCCGUCUUGGUUCUUCCAGGUACCUUUUUGUCAGGUUUGGCCUUGUCAGGUGGUACCUGGGUGGUGUAAAUGGUUAAGUGGUUGGCUACUAACUGAAAGGUUGGCGAUUCGAAUCCACCCAGAGGUGCCUUGGAAGAAAGGCCUGGCUAUUCGCUUCCAAAAGGCAGCAGCCUUGAAAACCCCAUGGAGUGCCAUUCUGCUUUGUACACAUGGGGGGCGGGGGUCCCUUGGAGUUGACACACGAGCAGCUGGUUUAGCAUUGUCAGUGAAGAUAUGUUUUGCUCAAGGAAGAUGUGGCCCUUGUCUGGAUCUCAGGUUUGCCAUGUUUUAUUUGGGUUAUAAACUUAAGCCAGAAAUUCUUUUUUAAAAACCUCAAGGUCUGAUUCUCUUUCCAUCCCCACCCUCCUUGGCUUGUGAUAAAAUGUGACCAAGAUUAGAAUCUUGACCAGAGCUCAGUAAUUAAGGUGAAUCAUAUCCUAGAGCAUAUGACAGAUAAACCAGCCUGUAAACACAUAUUUUCUGAAGAAGAUUGUAUCCAGGGGCUCUGAAGUAUCUCCCUGCCCACGGGUAGAUCGCUGGUCAGCAUGCGCGUGAAUGCUCUCCUGUCAUCUGCAAUCACAGGACCUAUAGAUAUUUUCAAGUUGAUAUGUUUGUGACAUGGCAGAGGGGAGCUAAUUUAUUCUUUCAGCCAACCAGUCUCAGCUUUUGAGCACCCAUUAUAGGGAGGAGCUAUAGGUUCUCUGGGAGAAGGAGGGUACCACACGAGUAGGCUGGGGGCAGUGGUGGAAAUCUUUUGCCUUCUGUGAAGACGAGGGUUUGAUUCCCAGCCAGUGCACCUCAUGCGCGGCCUCCACCUGUCUGUUGGUGGAGGCUUGAGUGUUGCUUUGAUGCUGAAUAGGACUCAGUGGAGCUUCCAGACUAAGACAGGCUAGGAAGAAAGGCCUGACUGUCCACUUCUGGAAAGCACCCGAUGAAAACCCAGUGGAUCAUGGGGGAACAGGACUGGGUGGCAUUUCAUUCCGUGGUGCAAGGGGGUCACCGUGAGUCGGGGGCUGACUCAACGGCAGCUAACACCAGUAACAGCAGAAAUGGGGAGCUCUCCCUGUGCCCUAUGCCCUGCCUACCGUGACCUUUAGUCUAGUCCUUCAAGAUAACACCUGUAAGGAUCUCUGCUCAUCCUUUGUGACAGCUCCGUUAGCCAGGGAACAGCCUGCCCAGAGAAGAGGGCAGAGAGGGUCUUCCCUGCUUUGAAUAACAGGCAUUAGAGAUGCGACCCUUCCAAGGGGGGUUGCUUGCCCCUUGCCCCUCUAGCCAGAAAACUAAUGCAAGAUGAUUACAGAUUUGGGAUCAGACAUAGUGAGCUGGUGUUUAUGGACCUUCUUGCAGAGAGCUAUGUGGCAGGACCUAUAUACGCCCUUGAGGAGCCCUAUCAUGGGCGUGGCCGCCAGGAGAAAACAGCUGGAAUGAAGAGAUGGUCACGGCUCUUCCUCAUCUUUGCAGAGCGAGGCCUCUGUGUGGAGCCAUUCCCAGUAUGUUUGGGGGUGGAGAUCCUGCCAGGUCCCUGGGUGACUCAAACAGUUAAAAGCUCAUCUACCAAUCAAAAGGUUGGAGGUUCAAAUUCACCCAGGGCACUUCAGAGGAAAGGCCUGGUUAUCUACUUCUGAAAAUCAACCACUGGAAACCUUAUGGAGCACAGUUCUACUCUGGGAUCACCGUGAGUCAAGGUCAGCUCCAUGGCAAUGAGUUUUUUUUUGGUUUGGGGGUCCUGCCAGCAGAAGAGAUGUUGGGCAAGGGCUUGGCCAAGGCAUUUCCAGGCCUCCAGGAGGGCUGCAGUGCCCGUGACUCUGCCACUGGCCCAGACAGACAGGGAUGCUGGGGCAUGAAUGAGAGGAAAGGGAGGCAGGGCUUGUCUGAAAUCUCCGGGUCUCCCAGACCUGCUCUCCUCUAGUGGACCCAGAGCAGUUCUUCCUGCCACUCUCACCCUGGCUGUGGCCAGGCCCUCGAUCACUGCUUUUAUUUUCUGAAUGACUUCAGGGGACUUCUUCAGGAAAGCCUGUGGCUCUGUGGGGCAGCGUUGAAAAGCACAGUAUUACAUACAUGAUGCUCAGUUCUGCCGUCCUCUCUGCUGUCAGCCUUGCUCCUGGGCUGGUGCCACACACAAAUCACGCCACCGUGGUGCGCUUCGGCACCGCUCGCCGGGGUGGCUGGGGUGCGCUAUUACUCUGGGUGGCUGGUCUGCUUUAUUAUUAGUCUUGGGAAAUGAUUUCUGUGAGAAGAAGGUGUAAAUUAUGUUUCACUGCAAAUCAUCAGGACUAUAUAUAUAUUCAGCCACAGCUGCAGGUCUCUUGCAAAUGAGGACAGAUGGGAGGUGCAGGCAAGAUGGAAAGGGUUACAGUGCGGACCCACAGCUGGUGUGAUUGGCGAUCACAGCAUCACCUCUGCCUGGGUUCCUCAUCGUUCUUAGAGGCUGUACCCCAAGGAGAAGGCUGGAGGCCCACGGUUUGAAGGUAACAGACAUCCCCCAGUGUCUUACUAUCGCUGCUAUGACAGGAACACCGCAAGUGGGUGAUUUUAAAGAAUAGAAAUUUAUUUUCUCAUGGUUCAGGAGGCUAGAAGUCUGAAUUCAGGGCAUGAGCUAUAGGGUAAGGUGCUCUCUCUGUUGGCUCUGGGAAGGUCCUGUAGCUCCAGCAUUCCUUGGCGCCUUGGCUAUCUUCACCGGUGCUCUUUCUUCCGCAGUUGGUACUCAGCUGUGAGUCUCCGCUCUCCUUAUAACUCAGCAGUCAGUAGGAUUAGGACACACCCUACACUGAUAGGGCCUCAUUAACAUAACAAAGAAAACCCUUUUCACAAACAGGAUUACAUCCACAGGUAUGAAAAAAAAAAAGUCGUCUGCCCUUGAGUUGAUUCCGAUUCAUGGUGAUGCCGUGUGCUACGGAGUAGAACUGCUCCAUAGGAUUGUCUUGGCUGUAAUCUUUGUGGAAGCAGAUCGCCAGGCCUUUCUUCGGUGGUGCCAGUGGAUGGCUUUGAACCACCAACCUUUAGGCUAAUAAAAAAGUAGUCCAGCGUAAACUCUGCAAUCCCAGCAGCUAUUUAGGAGGGACACGUUUCAGUCCAUUAACACCCAAGAAUGGAUAAGUUCCCUGUUAACCUCAUCCUUAGUAAAUAUCCCUAGUAUCUCUCUUAUUUCCACUGUUCCAGGAACCCCAGGCUUGGGCCUACACAUGCCUACCGACAGUGACUUCCAAAAACUCCAGUCCAGCGAAGUCGUCUGCUUAAAAUGUCCACUGGCUCUCCACUGCCCAAAGCAUCCAGGCGCUCCUUAUCUGGGCAUACGAACAAUCUCCCCUCCCUCUCUGGUCUCCUCGUGUUCCCAUUUCCCAUGUUCCACUCUCAGCCGGGCUUCUUGCCAGCGUCAGGACCACUGUGCCCUCUGGCACACACCUUUACACCUCUGUGCCUCUGUGCAGACUGCUGCCUUUGUCCAGGAGACCCUCUCCCCUCAUUUCUGCCUGGGGAAUGGUCACUCCAUCCAGACCCAGCCCAUGUGCACUUUAUUCCAGGUGACCUUCGAUCUCUCCCAAGUGGCAGAGUUGGGCAUUUCUUCUUCUGGCAUCUGCAGGACUUACCCUGUGCUCCUGUGAUGGUACUUCCAUGCUAUACAGCAAUUUCUUGUUUCUGUGACUGUUGCCCCCACACACCUGAGCUCCUUGGGGACAGGAAACCUGCUUUGUAAAUCUUUGUAACUGCUUUGGCCUCACAUAGUACUUGGCAUCUGUGAAGUCUGGCUCAGUAAAUAUUUGAUGGCUAGCUUACUGGGUGGAUGGGUGAGUUAAAGAGGAUAAAGAGAGAGUUUGCCUUAAAGAACUGGGCACAUCUUGCUCUGGUUUUGGCUUGAAUGGCCUUGGUAAAAUUUGGGUCCUGGAAGGCCAAGGCUGGAAAGGGUGACACUGUGAAGGGCUACAGCCAGGUCAGCUCAGAUCACAAACAUCUUGAGUCAGGCCAUUGGGUCUUUAGGAACAAAGCUCUUUGGGCUACAGGAAAGGACACUAGGGGUGGGAGGCUGAAAGAUGAUUAGGUAUCCUUUGGAGUGGUCCUCUCUCCCCGCCGUUGCCUCCCUGGAGAGGGGCUGAGAGCUCCAUGCACAGCCAUCAGGAGCCCUGGGUUUAAGUGUAGGAUAUCACCCCCUGCCCCCACUCCUUGGCCCUUUGAUCUUGCAAAAUUCACUUUAAAAUCUUUGACCUUCAGUUUCUUCAAAAGGGCUGGUAACACCCAUUCUGCCUACCCCUCCUGGUGAUAACAAGGAUUUUCAAGGUGACAGUGGAUGUGAACUUGGCUUUAAAUCAUGGGGGUGCUGAGGAUGAAUACGUGCUGUGAUGAGAGGUAUGCGGGAAGGAGAGAGGAGGGAGUCUGACUUGAUGCUCCUGGUCGCAGCUGUUCUAGCCCUCCUGGGCGGCCUUGACCCAAGCUCUCACCCCUCUGCUGUGGUCAGCCUUCCCCACUGGACCCUUUAACCUUGCUUCGGAGGCCUCGUCCUGCGACCUGCACGUCUCCUUUUUUGUUGUUGUUUACUGCUCUUGAGUCAACCUCGUCUCAUGACGACCCCACGCACAAUAGAAUGAAAUGCCGCCCGGACCUGCACCAUCUCCACAAUGGGUUGCUGUUGAAAUUCUUGGCCCAGCCAAGCUUUAAGUAUGUGGAGUAAGAAUCUCAUCACUUUCACUGCCUCCUGUCCUACGCUGCCCCUCCGCUGAGCUGCUGCUAGGUGCCAGGCGUGUUCUAGGUCCUAGGGGUGCAGCCAUGAAGGAGACUGAACAAGACUGAACAAGACUCAUGGGCCCACCGGAACCAGGCGAGUGACAGGGAGUGUCUUAGUCAUCUAGUGCUGCUAUAACAGAAAUACCACACAUGGAUGGGUGGCUUUAACGAACAGAAGUUCAUUCUCUCACAGCCUAGGAGGCUAGAAGUCUGAAUUUAAGGUGCCAGCUCCAGGGAUAGACUUUCUCUUUCUGUUGGCUCUGGGGGAAGGUCCUUGUCAUCAAUCUUCCCUUGGGUCUCGGAGUUUCUCAGUGCAGGGAUCCUGGGUCCAGAGGAUGUGCUGUUCUCCUGGCUCUUCUUUCUUGGUGGUAUGGGGUCUCUCUUUUAUGUCUCAAAAGAGAUUGAGUCAAGAUACAGCCUAAUCCUGUAGAUUGUGUCCUGCCUCAUUGACAUAACUGCCUCUAAUCCUGCCUCAUUUAUGUCAUAGAGUUAGGAUUUACAACACAUCUGAUCACAAGUUGGAGGACAACUGCACAGUACUGUGAGUCCAUAGCCUAGUCAAGCUGACACACAUUUUUGGUAAACAUAAUUCCACAACAUUGUGCUUCAUCCAGUGCAGUGGGGGGCCCCAAGGAGCCAGCCAGGGUGAUGGGGCACUCAGGGCCCUUACCUGGUUUUGGCCUGGGGACUUCUUUACAUAGUUCUACUUAGGGUUGAAACCUUGAGAAAACAGGGUCAUUGUGCUUGUCCUUGUUUUUCUCCUUAACACUCACCCUAAACAACAGUUGUCUCUUUUGUUCACUGACCUUGCUCAUUGUGUGUCUCCUUCAUUAGAAUGUAAAGCCCACCAGGGCAGAGCCCUGUGUCUGGUUUGUUUGCUGCAGGAGACCAGGGACCUGGCACAGCUGGUGGCACGCAUAGGAACUGGGUACGUGUCUCUUGGAUGAAUUCUGCCUGAAACAAUGGUGUGAAGUCAAAUUCCUCAUUCUGAGCCCCAAUCCAGAAUUUUUAAUUAAAAUACCUGGUCUUCCUCAUCUGGGUCUCUCCUUAAAGCUCAGUCUAUGAGGUGACUUACCGUUGGUUCUACACUCCUUGUCCCAUCUCGACCUAGUCACCAAAUGUGUUAGACAUUAGAGAAGAAAGGUUCAUCUGUUAGUUUUUGUUUACCGUGGGUGGACUGAGCUGCAGAUUACAUUAAACUAGUUCACACCGGCCAGUGAGUUUGAACAUAUUACCCUCCAUAGGGUUAAUGCAGUGAGGGCAAGGACUGGUGUCUUGGUCACUUGAGUGUCCCCAUGCAGGUACCUAUGGCAGUGCCUGGCCCAAAAUUAGGACUUUAGUAUUUGAGGAACGAAUGAUUCAGUCAAUAAAACCAGUUGCCUCUGAGCCAACUCCCAACUCAUGGCGACUGUCCUUGUGUGUCAGAGUAGAACUGUGCUCCAUAGGGUUUUCAGAGACUGAUUUUUUGGAAGCAUGUUGCCAGGCCUUUCUUCUGAGGCACCUCAGGGUAGAUUUGGACCUCCAACCUUCCGGUUAGCAGCCUAGCAUUUGCACCACCUAGGGACUCCAUCAGUAAAAAGGACAGAUAAAGUCAGUGCUGAGCAGUUGGGACUAUCCCAGUGGGAUCAGCUGGUCUUUCUUGAGGCGUAUCAGCUCCGUUGCAAACUUUCUGAACCCUGUUUCCUUUCUAGGCUACUGCUGGUGGUUCUUUCUUUGUUUACAGCUUCCAGCUAGUGUCAGGGACCAAAAAAACCCCACCAAGCCAGUUGCCAUCGAAUUGAUUGGGAUUCAUGGUGGCCCCAUGUGUGCAGAAUAGAACUGCACUCCGUAGGGUUCUCAAGGCUGGGACUGUGACCUUUUGGAAGCAGAUCACCAGGCACCUGGGGGAGGGGUUGAACCGCCAGCCUUUCGGUUAGUAGUCAGAUGCUUAACCGUGUGUGCCACCCUGGGACUCCUCAUGUAAGAGGCAAGGCCUCCUUUCCUGAGUCAGGACUCCUGGCCCGCUCUGCAGAGAGGCUCCGUGACUUUGGGAAACCCGUGACUUGCCCAUGCAUCCUUGGUUAUUCCGCUUUCUUCCUACUCUGUGUCUGAUUUUCUCUUCCUUUUUCUCUCCGUCCACCUUUUCUGUCUGCAGCUCUGCCUCCACGUGCUGACUCUUCUGUUGCCUGUUGAGACUGCGCAGGUUAGCGGUAAUUGGAAAUCAGAAAACAGGCUCACCGUCUGCCUCUGGCUCUGGCUCAUCCCCUGAGCUUUUGCCCAGCCUUGGUUUGCUGGUUUCCUAAAUGGGUGCAAAACUCCCUGCCUUGUUUGUUCAGCCCUGCAGAAGGUUGUGGGAGGCAGGAAUCAGAGUGUGCAUUUAAGCCCCUGCUAAGCUGGAGUGUGACUGUCGUUGGUGUUCCUCAUUUGUCAGUUUGAUUUUCUGUCCCCCCUUCCUCUUUUCUCCUUUCGUUACUGCUGCGCUUGAAUUCCCUCUUCCUUUCUUAUUUCCUCUCUUUUCAGCCUGAAAGUGUAGCAGAGAGGAUUCAGUGCAAGUGUCACGCAGGAAAUGAGUAAGAUGACUGGUGUCACGGGGAUCAUCCUUGGGAAGGGCAGGACAGGCUGCAGAGGAAGGUGGUUGGCAGGAUUGGCGGGUGAGGGGGUGCAGCCCACCCUGGCUGGCCCUGAGGAGGGAGAGCGUGGGCCACAGUGGUGGUGUCGUCCUAUCUGGCCUGGGUUCACAGACUUGGUUUACAGACAGCGUGUAGCCCUUUUGCAGGCCAGGUAGUAGCCAAUUUGAUGGCUAUUUAGGCAGAUACCAGAAUCCAGACAAGCAGCCCCAAGGGACGCUUAGGGGAAAGCAGCAGACGGUGUGUGCUUUUCUUGUAUGUUGCUUGGCAAAUGCUGAGCCUUCUGCAGUCCUGUACGUGUUGUUUUCUCAGCUCAAGUUGAAGUUCCUUGAAGGCGAGGGUGGUGCCUGUCUUUUAUUUGCCCUUAUAGUGCUCAUUCCUGGUGCCCUUCCUAGAUUUCUGCACACGGUUGUUGUUGUCGUCAUUAGGGGCCAUCGAGUUGGCCCCCGUCUCGUGGUGACCCCAUGCACAGCAGAAUGAAAUGCUGCCAGUCGUGUGCCAGCCCCAUGAUUGGUUGUGGAGUGGAGCAUUGUGACCCAUAGCGUUUUCAUCGGCUGAUUCUUGGACAUAGAUCACCAGGCCUUUCUUCCUAGUCCAUCUUAGUCUGGAAGCUGCGCCAAAACCUGUUCUGCAUCAUAGCAACACGCAAGCCUCCAUUUUCAGAUGAGUGGUGGCUGCACAGGAGGUACAUUGCCGGAGAAUUCAACCUGGGUCUCCCACACGGAGGACAAGAAUUCUACUGCUGAGCCACCAGUGCCCCCAUUCUGAACAUACCCGUUGCCAUCCGGUUGAUUCCAACUCCUGGCGACCCUAUAGGAUGGAGUAGAACUGCCCCAUAGGGUUUUCAAGGCUGUAAACCUUGGAAGCAGACUGCCGCACCUUUCUCUCGAGGAGCACCUGGUGGGACCUUGUGGCGCUUAAUAUAUCUAAUAAUAGCAUCUUCCUUUGGUUAGUGCUGUAAUGGGCACCCAGGACGUUCACCCAGGAUUUCUCAUCUAAUCAAACAGCCCGGCAGAGUGGAGUCCAUUUCUCAGAUAAAGAAACUUAAGGCUCAGAGAAGUUAAGGAACUUACUGAAGACACACAGCCAGCCAGCGGUGCUUCCUGCUGGGAUGCAGUGUCUCCCUCUCUGAGACUGUCUGGUUUUUAUAGCAGAUAAGAACCAUGUGGCAGCACUUAUUUAGGGAGAUGGGAAGUACAUCUGGACCUUGUUCAUUUUUGAGAUUUUUUUUUUAAACAUCUUAGAAUUUUCAAGUCCAGAAGAAGUUCCAUAAAAGUUGCAGGUGGUCUUUGCUGUUACUCAAGCCAGAUAGAUUCCUGACUUCUCGACAAACCUCACAGAAGCUUAAAGGAAAGCUGAUUUCGUGCUGCAUUGGUGUGUUCCUCCUUUGCUACCAGAUCAUGUGAUUUAAGGAACUGUUGUCACACUUGGUGACAGGCACGGAGCCAGCUCAGAAUGAAAGUGCAGCUAUAGAUGGGAUUCCGGUUCACUGUCAGAGCCCUGCUUUGGACUGAGUUACUGUAAAGUCUGGCUCAGACUGGGUCUGGCAGGAGGGACCGGGCUGUUUGAGUGAGUAAGCCCAGGGAAAGCUUGCCCAGAGGAAAUUCAGUCAAGAUGUUCGAUUUCAACACCUCUGGUUGUCUUCCAGACCAGAAGAGGAAAGGAUUCUGACUUCAGGGAUGAAGAAAGUGUCAGGAUUUCCCAUGAAUGGAGCGCAAAUGGAGCCUAGAUUUUUGUGGCUCCGGUAAAGCUAAAAACCCAGUUGCCGUCGAUCCCAUGUGUGUUGGAGUAGAGCUGUGUUCCGUAGUGUUUCCAGUGGCAAAUUUUUCAGAAGUAGAUUGCCAGGCCUUUCUUCUGAGGUACCUCUGGGGGGACUUGAACCUCUAAUCUUUCUGGUUAGUAGCUGAGUGUGUUAACCCUUUGCACCACCCAGGGCACCAGGGGAGGAUAGCAGAGAAAAAUGGGUACCUGCCAGUGGGGGUAGGCUUUUGCUCUUGGCUGACCCCUCAGCCAUUUGCUGAACUUAGAAAACAUGUGACCACCAGUGAUAUUGGCUAACUGCGCCACAGGAAGUGCCUGCUAGCCUUUGGGUUGUUGAGUGAGGGACCAGUGGUGAUAGUAUGUGUGGGUUUUAUUUUUAAUCUCAGAGACCUUCACUUUGAGCCAGAGAAUCUCUGGUUAUAGGAUGUAAUGUGAACAGGGCACUUCUUCAUGUGGGAACCUUUGACACGUUAAUAAGAAGCCUGGAAUGGUCCCCCCUCCUCCAGGAGAGGAAAGCCAGACGGCCGUGCUCCCACCUGGCUGGCAAAGCUACUUGUCUCCACAGGGGCGCCGCUACUAUGUCAACACCACAACCAACGAGACCACCUGGGAGUGUCCCGGCAGCUUUCCUGGGAUUCCAACAAGCCCUGGCCCUCAGAGGACCGUGCUGCCUCCAACAGUGAAUGGAUACCACAUGUCAGGGACCCCAGCACACCCUCCAGAGACUGCCCACAUGAGUCUCCGAAAAUCCGCCGGUGAUUCCCAGAACCUGGGAUCCUCGUCACCAGGCAAGAAACAGAGCAAGGAAAGCACCAUCACGAUAAACUGUGUGACGUUCCCUCACCCAGACACGAUGCCAGAGCAGCAGCUGCUAAAACCAACCGAGUGGAGCUACUGCGACUACUUCUGGGCAGAUAAGAAGGACCCGCAGGGCAAUGGCACCAUGGCUGGGUUUGAGCUGCUGCUUCAGAAGCAAUUGAAGGGCAAACAGAUGCAGAAAGAAAUGUCAGAAUUCAUCCGGGAAAGGAUAAAGAUUGAAGAAGAAUAUGCAAAGAACUUAGCUAAGCUGUCUCAGAACUCCCUGGCGGCCCAGGAGGAAGGCUCCCUGGGAGAAGCGUGGUCCCAGGUGAAGAAGAGCCUUGCAGAUGAGGCUGAAGUUCACCUCAAGUUCUCUGCCAAGCUUCACACUGAGGUAGAGAAGCCCCUCAUGAACUUCCGAGAGAACUUCAAGAAGGACAUGAAAAAGUGUGACCACCACAUUGCUGACCUUCGCAAGCAGCUGGCCAGCCGCUACGCCGCUGUGGAGAAGGCCCGGAAAGCCCUCACCGAGCGGCAGAGAGACCUGGAGAUGAAAACCCAGCAACUGGAGAUCAAGCUGAGCAACAAGACGGAGGAGGACAUCAAGAAGGCGCGGCGGAAGUCCACACAGGCUGGAGAUGACUUGAUGCGCUGUGUGGACCUCUACAACCAGGCCCAGUCCAAGUGGUUUGAAGAGAUGGUAACCACCACAUUGGAGCUGGAGCGGCUGGAGGUGGAGAGGGUGGAGAUGAUCCGGCAGCAUCUGUGUCAGUACACACAGCUGCGACACGAGACGGACAUGUUCAACCAAAGCACAGUCGAGCCUGUGGACCAACUGCUUCGAAAAGUGGACCCAGCCAAAGACAGGGAGCUGUGGGUCAGAGAGCACAAAACGGGCAACAUCCGCCCUGUGGACAUGGAGAUCUAGACAGGCCUUUGCGGCCCCGGGGGGCCUCUGAGGAGAGCUGGGAUUCCCACAGAGAGCAGCUGGCAGCUCCCCCAUGGGGCCCGCUGCUGACGGGGCUACCUUCUACCCAUUGCCCUGGUCCCUGCUGAGGAGGGGAGAGUGUGGGCUGCAGCUGGUUAUUCCAGAAGGGCGAUGGCCCAGCUCCCGCUCCCAGGUAUUCCCAGGCCAAGACGACAGACCCACAGCCUCGCCCUUGUCUCCGAGGCUGAAGCCCCUCACCUCCUGUGCUGUGCUUGCUGCUCUGAGAACAAACCGAGGCUGGAACUUUGUGGUCUCUGCUGAGCUCAGUAGGUGUGGCCUCCCUACCCUGAGGAGCCACGGGAGCCAGCUCUAUCACAUGCUUGUGCCCCUGGAAGCCCCAUCUUCCUUCAUCUCUAGAGCUUUGGAGCGUCAGGGAUGGAGGCUUCUGUCUCCAAGCCAAGUGUCAGGACCAGAUCGUGGAUGGAAGGCACCACUCAGCUGAACAGCCAACACCAGGACUCUUUGCAGCCCACCUCUUUAGUAGUUCUUUUCCAUCUGGGAGCAACCCACCUUCAGGCUUUUCUCUGCCAGUUUUUACCAUCAGGGGUCUUGGGAAGAAGGUCUAGCUUCUGUCCUCACAGACUGACCCUGGAGAGUUCAAGAUGGACCUACCUCAUUCAGCAAACCAGCCCCCUUUAAUUGUUUUCCCAUUAGAUCAGGCAUCCUUUGUAAAGCCUCCAAAAAUCCCAUUCUACCCACCCCUCAGCUGAUUCCCCCCACCCUCACCUAGUCCCACUGGAGGAGGCCUUCCAAAGUUCUCAUUUAUCAUGAUCUUGUCUGGAGAAGCAAGAGUCUAGAGGCUUCAGAGGUGGAAAUGAAUCAGUUCCUUUCAGAGGCCAGUGAGGCAGAGGGACAGCUAGGGUCUGUGCCGUGUCAGCACCAUUGUGCUGCUCUUGGCCGCUGCCCCCCAGGCACCCACCAUAGGCUCUUGAUCGAUCUUUGUUCAUUCUGUGAGGGAGGUGGGUCAAGACCAGCCUUCGUCAUCCUCCAGAUGGCUCGGGCCGAGACUGCCGUCUCUUGUAAGGCUUUCUUUUACCUGGGGAUUGGGCGGGGUUGUUAGGAGGCUUACAUUUCACAAAGUGGGUGGGUGCCGCAUGACAUUGCAGACUCCCUCAUGGCCACCUUAGGUUGUAACCUUCCAGGCAGUGUUUACCCCCUUGGCAUCUUUAUUUCCAGAGCUUCACACAUGGUCACGGGGUGCUGGCACUGCCCUUCCCCUUCUGCCAUCUUCCAUCUUCCAGCCCAGUCCCAGUGUGACAUUGAAAGCUUUCAGCACUGCCUUUGGACCCUUGCUCACCAUUCCCUCCCUGUCUCUAUCCCAACAGACAUAUUCUCCACCAUGUUAGUCUUGAGGGGCCUAGAGAACUAAAGCAGUCUGAUAGAAGGUCACCCAGUGAGUGAGGGGCAGAUUCAAGUCUGGAGCCAAAGCCCUGAGAAUCCACUUAGUUCAUCUUCCCCAUUCAUUGCUUUGGAUUGAUGGGGCCCAUGCAUCUAACCAUGAGGGCAGACACCAAGAGCACAGCUCAAUGGCGUUUCUCUCAGUACAUACUCGUCACUGAUUUGAUUAUUAAUCUUGAAUCUUUUGUCGCUCCUUCAUUGAGGUAGAAUUGCUCUCUCAUAGUUUAAAGAUGCCUAAUAAAAUAAAGUCAACUGAAAGUCUUCUCUCUCCUCUUCUUAUUGAAGCAUCCCAACCAAAAAGACCAGUUUGAAGGCCUUUGCCAACAUAGAGCUCACCUGAUGGAUCUGUCCUUGGCACGGAGAACCAGUCCUUCCAGAUCUGGCAUUGGGCCAUGACACCAGCUGCCAUUUUGGCAAAUUAUUUCUUGGCUUCCUCAUUAAAAAUGGGUGCUAGUAGUAAAUUAAUUUGUGGGUGAUUUUCAGAUAUUCAAAGCCAACAACUCUGGUAUUAACCCAGAUAUUUUGAUUUUGUCUUCUCCCAUCUGAGAAUUCCAGAGUCUUGUUUAUCCCUAGGGCAGUGGCAGCUCUCUUGCCUCUCCACAGUAGCCCAACUUGGCCUCCAGCCAGGUUCCAUUUCCUCCCCUUUACUCCCACAGCCCCUUAGCCUUAGCCUCUUCACAUACUUCUUUUCUUUUUUCCUUCCCACUUUUAUCCAGUCAUCAAACAUUUAGUUAGUGCCAAGCAAUGUGCUGACACCUGGGGACAAGAUAUGGCCCUGUCCUCAGGGAAGCCCAUGUUCUCUUCAUAUAGACUUUUCUUUUCCCCAGGGGUCUGGCAGGUCAGUAACCUUGGCGUUCUUGUACAGGUACUCUCUGCAGAAUCCAGGUUUUCAGAGAUAUCUCCAUUGUACUGAUUCAUCUGUACUUCUAUUCAUUCAUUCACUGCCUCAUUCAUUUAUUCAGCAGAUACUUGGGACAUAUGCCAGGUACUGGAAAUACAACUGCACACGAGACAGACUCUCCCUGUCCUCUUUGUUCUCUGGGUGGAGAGACCUUCUUGUAAACUAAGAACAUUACACCCAUUCCACGUGUACCCCACCUGGGUUCUUUAUGAUAUAAACUACUGCCGUGAGGUUUUUCCCUGUGGAUGGAAGGCAGCAACAAGAGUUUAAUCACUGGGCACCAGACCCUCACAGCCCAUAUUCAACUAAAAUUCCAGAUUUUUUUUUCUUUUUUUAAAUAACUCUCCACACUUUACAAAGGGGAAGAGUGAAAUCCGAGUGAGUGCCAGGAAAUGGCAGCAAAUUAAGAACAGUCCAGAGCCCAGGGUCUA